AUGACGCUGGAGAGCGGAGGCCUGUGCUCCCCAUGUGGGGUCACCAGAGACUGCUGGCAGGCUCUUCCUGAAUGGAACAGUAAACGCCUCGACCAUGCCCCCUUCACUGCACUUAGACUUUCACAAAAUGCACUACAAAAAUUGACUGUACUCUAUUCACAUGCCUUACUCCAACAACUUGGCCUGCCUUUCAUGGCCCAUAACCAGAAGAACAGCAAAAAGCCAGCUGCACCAGAAGCUCCUCUAAUACCACAAGUGCCCCGUGGCAAUUACUUGCACCUUCUGGAAGAAAACCAAAGACUACAGCUAAAGAAAUGCCUCCUGCAUAGGAUGUUUCUAGUGGCCAACACACAUCCAAACAUGGACCAAAAAGAAAUUGCCGAGCACUAUGAGCAAACAUUUCAGUCAAUUCUAAAACAUAACCCAGGAGAAGCAGUGACUGGGCUAUUGCUCAUUUAUCCCACUUCCAUGCUACACAUUCUUGAAUCCUCCAGCAGUACUCUCCAGCAAAUUCUCUUAGAUUUUCUUAGCCAGGAAAAGAAAGAAAAAGAAUUUUGGAUUCAAAAACUGAAAAUUGUCGUCAUUUCUCAUAACAUCCCGACACGGGUCUUCAUGCAGUGGCACACUUCAGUAGUAAGAGCACCAAUUAUGUAUCUCGAUGAUGUGACCCAAUCCCAGUCCCUGAAGGAGAUCGUCACAGAUUUUCUCACCCGCACUCAUAAACUGGCACUGCAUCUUUUCAAGACCCCUAAAGUGAAAACCAAAGGACUAGAUGAUAACUUGCAGAAUGCUGCACCUAGCCUGCUCCUCCCAGAACAAAUCAUAAAGUACUUAUGUAACUCUGAGGAACUCCCAGACCCAGCCACUUUCCUAAGCAUGUAUAAUAAGCCCAUAGACAUCAUCCUGGAUUCUGAGGUGGUGUGGCCUGUUCCUUCUAAAUUCUAG